GAGAAAAAGGGAAAACCAUCACAAAACUCAUUGACGAUCGAGCAAUUAGCUUUGGCUGUUUGACGGUCUUUCCGACUCCAAAUUUAUUUCGGCACUCGACUCCAUAUUUACUCAACGCAAAACGCGUGACCGCGACCGGUGUGACCAGAACGUGAUAUCCGGUGAUAGCAGGACACCCUGUAUAACGGCAAGUAAGAAAAAAAGGCAAAGGCCGGCGCCCGGCAAUAUCAUCAGGUAAUGUGACGAAAUCGCAAGUUCAAGGGUGCGUAUGCAGUGUACAUGCCUGCGUACUGCGUAUCGCACGUCUACUUCUUGCCUUGAUCGUCACUGACGAUCCCAUUCGGCUCUGGGCCAUCGCCGGGAUUAAUCUCAUCUGCCUUUUGUACGGAAAUCGGAAACGGAAAAGAUGGGCCAGCGGGUCUCGAGGACGGACUUCGAGUGGGUCUACACGGAAGAGCCGCACGCCACGCGCCGUAAAAUAAUUUUAGAGAAGUAUCCACAAAUCAAACAGUUGUUUGGUUACGAUCCAAAUUUCAAAUGGGUUGUCACUGGGAUGGUAUUGAUACAGUUUCUGUCGUUCUUUAUCGUCAAAGAUUUGAGUUAUCCGAAACUCUUGCUAUUAGCAUAUUGCUUUGGAGGCGUGAUAAACCACUCUCUUAUGCUUGCGAUACACGAGAUAGCUCAUAAUCUUGCCUUUGGACAUGCCAGGCCUAUGGCUAAUCGACUAUUCGGCUUUUUUGCAAAUCUGCCAAUAGGACUACCAGUAUCUGUCAGUUUUAAAAAAUAUCAUCUCGAGCACCAUCGGUAUCAAGGAGAUGAAAAAUUAGAUACGGAUUUACCGACAUUAUUAGAGGCUAAACUGUUUUGUACAACUUUUGGCAAGUUCUGUUGGAUAAUGCUACAACCGUUGUUUUAUGCAUUCCGCCCUCUUGUAACGUACCCAAAAGUACCAACUCUUCUGGAAUACAUAAAUUUAGUUAUACAAUUGACAUUUGACGCCUGCGUAUGGUACUUUUUCGGUGGUAAAGUACUGUUUUAUUUGCUUAUUGGCUCUUUUAUGGCAAUGGGACUGCAUCCAGUGGCAGGACAUUUUAUAUCGGAACAUUAUAUGUACAGUAAAGGAUUUGAAACAUAUAGUUAUUACGGUCCUCUAAAUUUCAUCACUUUCAAUGUUGGAUAUCACAACGAACACCAUGACUUUCCUGCGGUGCCUGGUUCGAGAUUACCAGAAGUAAAACGUAUAGCCGCAGAAUUUUACGACGAUUUGCCGCAGCACAAUUCAUGGGUUUCCGUUCUGUACGAUUUCGUGAUGGAUCCUGAAAUCGGGCCGUAUGCAAGGACGAAGAGAAGGCAUCGAGGAUUAGAUCAAUAGACUGUUUAAACUUCUUAGAAGCCUUUCUAAGAAUACCACAUAAGAUUUAUACGUCACUAAGUGUCUGUAUAUGGCAGAAUUACAUGUUUAUAGCAAUUAAAAAGUUUGCUAUGUUUGCAAUGGGGUCAAACGAAAUGUGUCACAUGCUGAUAGGCACGUAAGCAUAUUUGCCUGUAAUGUAAUGUAAAUUCAGGGAAAAAUUUAGACGUAGUAUUAAUCUAUGGGCAAGCAAUUUUUCAAUGUUUCUAUUAAGCUGUUUUUAUAAAAGCUCUUUUUUUAAAUCUAGUCAUACUGCAUACAACAACUUUCGAUUAAGUACUCAUGUCACGUAAUACGAGUUAUUGUUUUAACACUGCUCAAUCAAGUAGAAAAGGUGAAACGAAACAUAAUUUAUCUAUCAUGAUUCAUAGAAAACAUAAUUUAUCUUCAAUUCUGUAUCGAUCUUGACUUCUGAUUCAAAUCGAUUACUGUUUUUGUCUUUUAUUUAAUUGUGAUCGUUCACUUUAUAAUUAUCAGCUUUUUCGACGAAAUUGGGUUUUUAAUCGGAUUUUCGAGAGCGAUUAAUACUGGUUACAGUCCUAUUGCUAUGUGAUUGUACCUCAUUCCCAAAUAAACUUCCAAGUAAACGUGUGUCAUAAAAAUUGGUUUUAAUCGCUCCUGGAACGAUUUAUAAUAACCCGUGUUAGUUAAAAACGCUGCGUGUCUUGCAAAAUAAAAUAUAUCUGUGAUGCAAGAGUAUAUACUCUAUUACUCUAUAACUUUUAUGUAUAAUAAAGCGACUCUGGUAGAUAACAUUGUUAUCGAAAACUCAAAAUCUACUAGGAAAUGCGUGAUGGUAUACGCCACAUAAUAGAUAAUAGAAAAUUGUAUAUAUCGCUUUAAUGAGAUGCAAAUUAAUAUGACUGCACAGACUGUUCGUCAAAUAACUGUAUAUUUUCCAAUAAAUAUAAGAACAUUGAAAUAAAA